AUGUACCUGUACAACUACAAGAAGAACAUUGACAAUCUCCAAGGUGAAGUUAGGAAGCUGAAGAAUACGAGAGAGGAAGUGCAGCUUAAGGUUACUGCUGCUGAAAGAAACGUGGAAGUGAUCAAACAGAAUGUUAAGGACUGGCAGACGGAUGUUGAGAAGACCAUUACUGAAGCAGAGCAGUUGAUUGCAGAGGAAGGAAACAACGCUCGAUGUUUCAAGGGAUUGUGCCCCAACUGGAUCACCCGCUACAAACAUAGCAAGAAAGCAUUCAAAUUAAAGGAGAAAGAUAUUAAUCAACUCCUAGAUGAGGAAUUCAAUGAAGUAUCCUCUCCAAUUAUCCAACAGGACAUUUGGCUUAGAUCUAAUAAUGACGAUUAUUUGGGUUUCGAAUCAAGAACCUCCACUGAGAAGAAUGUAUGGGAUGCAUUAAAUGAUGGGAAUAUCUACAUGAUCGGUGUUUAUGGGAUGGGUGGUCUUGGGAAGACCACGCUUGUGCAGGAAGUUGGGAGGAAAGCCAUGAAAGAACCACUCUUUGAUGAGGUGGUUUUGAUAGAAGUAACAGAAACCCCAAAUAUAGAGACCAUUCAACUAAAAAUUGCUGAAAAAUUAGGUCUCAAAUUGGAUAAGGAAAGUGCUGUAGCAGCUAAGGCAAAUAAGUUACAUGCAAGAUUGAAGAUGCAUAAGAAGGAUGAGAGGGAUAAGAAGGAUGAGACGCCUAUGAAAAUUCUUUUGAUUCUGGAUAAUAUCUGGGAAGAUCUUGAUUUAGUGAUGGUGGGAAUUCCUUCCAAAGAUGAUCGUGGUGGAUGUAAACUACUGUUCACAACAAGAGACCUUGAGGUGUUAAACAUGAUGAAUUCCACCAAUAAUUUCAAAAUGGGUAUUUUAAAUAAAGAAGAAGCUUGGAACCUAUUCCAGAAGAUGGCAGGUGAUGUAAUUCAAACACGUAGAUUGAAUUCUUUGCCGAAAGAUGUAUGCAAGGAAUGUGGUGGUUUGCCUAUUGUCAUUUGUGCUAUAACAAAAGCAUUAAGGAGCAAGAGUCAUCCAUUUGAUUGGGAAGUUGCCUUGGGAGAAUUGAGAGAACCUUCACCGACAAAGUUCGAGGGAUUACUAGAAAAGGAAUAUCAGAAGCUUGCCUUGAGUUACAACUAUUUAAGAAAUGACAAAUUGAAGAAAACUUUUUUGAUUUCUAGUUUAAUGAAUAAUGAUACAUCCAUUUCAGACUUGUUCAAACAUGUCGUGAAUUUGGAUGUACUUGAAAGAAAUAACCUCACAAUGGAAGGAGCUCGAAAUAGACUAGAAAAAGUAGUUCGUGAACUCAAAGAUUCUUGUUUGUUACUUGAAGGUUUAAGAAGCAAACAAUUCUCUAUGCAUGAUUCUGUUCGUUGCCAUAACGAUUGCAUAUAUAGACCACCAUGUUUUUACAAUGAAAAAUGACAUUGAGAAGGAAUGGAAGGAUAAAGACAAGCUCAGAAAAUGCACAAGAAUCUCCUCACAUGAUAGUAGCAUUAUUAGUAAGCUUUGGCCUAAAGAUUUGGAUUGUCCAGAUCUUGAAUUUUUCUAUAUGAUCAAUUCAUCGGUCUCUUUGUUUGAAAUCCCUGAGGAUUUUUUCAUGGUGAUGUCAAAGCUCAAAGUCUUAAAUU